CACAGAUUCAUGGAUCUGAACUGGAUCAGCCUACAGAAGUGGGGGGAGAAACAAAACAAAUACAACAAAUCCAUACCAGACCUUCAGCUGUAAUUAGCAGCAUCACCAUAGCAACCAGAAAAUACAAUUAAAAGAAAACUUGGACUAAAGAAGAGCAUAUCAAGGUGCAGCUCCUUACCUUUGGACAGAAAAGAGCAAAAUAAUUAAGCAGAAGAUAAAUGAAUAUUUGACUGAUCCAGCCACACUCUGGAAUAGGGAAAUGUCCUUUCAUUAACAGGAAUGUGCCACUGUUUAUUCACAAGAAAGGGGAGUGCCAUGGGCUCUACUGAGGAGACUAUCUGUCUGUGGUUGAAUUUUUACAUUUGUUUGCACCCCUGCUGGGACUAAACUAGUUGGUCGAGGCCUAUUGGUCCAUCAGGUAUUGGAUAGUGAUCCCCCCCACCCCCUGCCCCGCACAGGGUGCACCUGGCACAAGAAUUGAAAGAUAUUGCAGCUCUUUCUCAGAAUCUUCAGUUCUCCUCUUCUGCUACUGUCUGCUAUACCAUGGGAUGUAGGCAAAGCUCUGAGGAGAAAGAGGCAGCGCGGCGGUCCCGCAGGAUUGAUCGCCACCUGCGCUCUGAGAGUCAGCGACAACGACGUGAGAUCAAGCUCCUACUCCUGGGUACAAGUAACUCUGGCAAGAGUACUAUUGUCAAGCAAAUGAAAAUCAUUCACAGUGGUGGCUUUAACUUGGAGGCUUGCAAAGAAUACAAGCCCCUGAUUAUUUAUAAUGCCAUUGACUCCCUCACACGCAUCAUUCGUGCGCUAGCCACCCUUAAGAUAGAGUUCUACAAUCCUGACAGGGCCUAUGAUGCCGUGCAGCUUUUUGCCCUGACAGGCCCAGCUGAAAGCAAAGGAGAGAUUACACCUGAGCUUCUAGGAGUCAUGAAGCGGCUCUGGGCAGACCCCGGUGUGCAGGACUGCUUUCGCCGAUCCAAUGAGUACCACCUAGAGGAUAACGCAGCAUACUAUUUAAAUGACCUAGAAAGGAUUGCAGCACUGGACUACAUCCCUACAGUGGAAGAUAUUCUGCGUUCUCGGGACAUGACCACAGGGAUUGUGGAAAAUAAAUUUACUUUCAAAGAGCUGACUUUCAAAAUGGUGGAUGUGGGUGGACAGAGGUCUGAGCGCAAAAAAUGGAUCCACUGCUUUGAGGGGGUUACAGCAAUAAUUUUCUGCGUGGAGCUGAGUGGAUAUGACUUGAAGCUGUAUGAGGAUAACCAAACGCCCCAUAAAUGGACAUGAUGCUUCAGAAACAAUCAAACGUGUUGAUAGGAAUAUGUAAGGAUUCCUAUAGCUACCUACUUGCCUAUAUUCCACUUCAAAAACAGCUGACCAUCAGAAGGAACUAAAAUCAACCCCCAGAAAAUCACUGUCUGGAGACAACUAACUUACUGUUUACCUAAAGGUGCACCACUUACCUAUCAUACCCUUCAGGUAUUGUGAAGGGGUCCCUCAUAAGGAGUCCACUCCCCUUCACCUUCUCCACCCCUGAUCCCACAUCGUGACCCCAGCAGUGGGGUUUACUUGUAUCCUUGGCAGUGCACAACCCCCGAGCAGGGUGUGAGGGGGACCUGAGCCCUCCCUCUCUCCAGGUCCCAUCCCAGGGCCCUAAGGUGGGGGUGUCUCCUCC